AUGGGUAAUCAAUUAGCAGACACUUCAAAGGCUAUUGCCAUAUCAUCCCUAGGUCUAUACGCUGGACUAUUAACAUCCACAACAGCUAUCACAAGUAUAGCACCAUUAAAUGUUAUAAAACGUAACUUAACCCAUGUUUGGUAUAUGUAUGGUGUUGCUGGAGGUGCUUUAGCAACGACGUCAACCGCCGCCUUUGGGCUAUGCUAUUACAUUUCUUCUGGAAAUGCAAGGGACUAUCUAUCCUUAAUUGGUGCUUUAAUCGGUCCUUUGACUGGCUCCAUGGUUUAUAUAAGUUCAUUAUUAAAAUUCGAUUAUAAACCAAAAUCUUCAAUUCCUAAUUUGCCUCCAAACCAUCCAAGUGUCAUUAGUGAUGAUGGCGAAAUAAAAACAUGUCCAUUUGGGAAUGGUGAAGAAAGUAAAGAUAAGUCUCGUCCAUCACCAGGAGAUAGUUGCGGUUCAGGAUUAUUAACACCAAUUAAUAUCAAUUUAGCUAUCGUUUCCACUAUUAGUGUUGCAAGCUUUGUAAAAAUAGUUUUUUCUAAUGUCUCAACUCAUUGA